UGGGCGCGCGGUGCGCGCCGCCCGAGCCGGCGGCCAUGGAGCCCCGCGCUCCCUACGACGACUUCCCGGUGGUUUUCCUGCCGCCCUACGAGAGCCCGCCCGCCUGGGUCCCGCCGCACGAGCGGGUGUUUCACCCCGACUACAACAACGAGCUCACGCGGUUCCUGCCCCGCACCAUCGCCCUGCAGAAGCCGCCCGGGGCGCAGUUGGGCUUCAACAUCCGGGGAGGAAAAGCCUCCCAGCUGGGGAUCUUCAUCUCCAAGGUGAUCCCCGACUCGGACGCGCACAGGGCGGGGCUGCAGGAGGGGGACCAGGUGCUGUCUGUGAACGACGUGGAUUUCCAGGACAUCGAGCACAGCAAGGCCGUGGAGAUCCUGAAGACGGCCCGGGAGAUCACGAUGCGCGUGCGCUACUUCCCCUACAAUUACCAGCGGCAGAAGGAACGGACUGUUCACUAACGGGGAGCUCUGCUGGGGCUCCUCCUGCACAACCCUCUCCUGCUCUCCCACCUCCCGAGAUGGCCCAGCACGCUCAGCUCCCACUGGAGGCACAGCUGUGCCCUGCCUGGAGAGAUGCCCAGAGUCUCACCCAGCUGGAGGCUGGAGGGGAUUGAGCCUGUGCUCCUGAGUGGGGCUGGAACAGCUGCUGGCAACUGGGGACGAGGGAGCUGCUCCAGCACCUUCCCUGCUCCUGUUUCAGCAGGACUUGAGUGAGUGCUGUGCUGGCUCUGGAUCCCUUGGUCCUGGAAGCUUUGUUGGGAUGGAAAAGCACGAGGGGCUGAGGCUCCUGAGCAAAGCAGGGGCCUUGUCCUCCAAGAAAUCCCCCUGUUCCCUUCUCUCAUGCCGUGGAAUUCUUUCCUUCUCCUCUGUGCCACCUCUGCUCUUCUCUGCUGGGUUUGCUGGGGGAUCCAGGAGUAAAACCCACCAAAACCAGCCCAGCUCUGGCUGCACUGGGCUCUUUGUGCCUCUGUGCUGGGAAUGACCGUGGGAUACAGGGCUGGGGUGUUUGGAAACCUCCACUGCGUUGUUUGGUUCCUGUGGGAAGAAAGGGACAAUGGGAAUGACACUCAGGGACACCAAGACAUGGAUGUCAAACAGGGGAAAAGAGUGAUCCUCAGAGGAUUCCUUGGCAUUCCUAAAGGGGCUGUAAUUGGAGAUAAAAACCAGAUCAAAAAACACCUGCCAUAGAUCACACGAGGGGUGUCCACAAGACACAAGGGCCAGGUUACAAACACACUCCACUUUAUUUCCACAUUCCCACCCCCCUGGCCAGAGCAUUCCCACCCCGUGUGAGUCCCGGGAAGGGCCCCGUUCCCAUCACAAGGUGUCAUAGUCAUCCUCGUCCUCGUGCUUCCUCUUGAGGGGGUUGGGGUCGCUGGCUGUGCCCUGGGACACCAUGUUGGUGGUGAUGAGGAUGUUCUUGGGGCCAAUGAGGGAUGGGUUGAUCAGCACGUUCUGCACGGUCGGGGUGGUCGGGGUGGCUGUGGCACAAAGGGAAUCAUUUAGUGAGAGCUUGGAAAAAGGACAGGUGAUCUUCCCCACUGAAACAACUUCCAAGGCAAUAAAGCAGUGUGCUGGCUGAACAUCCUGGGCUGAACACCCUGGAAUGAUCCCCAGAUGGAAGUGGAGAAGGUGGGGAAAUGCUUGUGGGGUGAGGACAGAGGAGUGAGAGCCCAGAGGUGGAGCCAAGGCACGAGAGACACUGAUGCUCUGUGGCUGUCACUGCUGUGCUGGGAAUGGACACUGGAAGUUACUGGAAUGAGGGAGAGGGGAGGUUACUUCCCACUUGAGGUUGCCCAGAGAAGCUGUGGCUGCCCCAGCCCUGGAAGUGUCCAGGCCAGGUUGGAACAACCUGGGACAGUGAAGGUGUCCCUGCCCAUGGCAGGAGUGGGACUGGAGGAGCUUUAUAUCCUCUGCCAACCCAAAGCACCCUGUGAUUAUCCCUGUGUUCCAAUCCCAAGGCAAUCCCAGCCAUACCUGACUUCCCAGCAGGUUGGGAGGACGGGAUCUGGACGGUGAAGCGCUGCCCGGCCAGAGACACCGGGGCCCCCACCUUGGCUGACACAGACACGGUCUGGGCUGAGGGGGUACCUGGAACCCAACACAGCCCCUCAAAAUCCAUCAAAAUACAUCAACAGACGCUCCUAAAUCUGCUUCCAAAAUGGAACCUGUGGGAAUGCACAGGGACACACCGACACAGAUUCCCAGGCAGAACCACACAUUGACUCCUUUUCCCACAUUUCCUCCAGCCCCACACAGUUCCAGGCUAUAAACACACACUUAUUUCUAAGGGCAUGUGCUCAGCCCUCAAUUCUGUGAACAUUUUAGAAAUGGCUCUUUUUCAGUUCUAUUUAGUUCAGUGUCACACUGACAAUGAGGAAAACCCCUCACACUUCAGUAAAUUUCUUGAAUAGUCUCUUAAAUAAAGAAUUUAUCACAAAUACA